AUGUGUCCGAAACCAGGCGGUACUGCCGGCUUGACCGUCGCAGCGAGACUGAUACAGGCGAAUUUCACUGUGCUCGUUCUUGAGGCUGGAGGCUCACCGGAUAGCUAUGGGUUACCAUACGAUUCUCCUGCUCUAACAGGAGAGUUGGUCAGCACACCACUUGACUGGAAUUUCUCUUCGCUCGCAAUACCUGGUUUGAACGGCCGCGUCCUCAAGCAGCAUCGUGGCAGGACCCUCGGAGGGACGAGCUCGAUCAACGGUUUGACUUGUCGGUUGUGUUGCACUAACCACCACAUUUCAAAGUUCUACGAGGCCGCCAGUGAUUUGAACAUCCAGCUACUAGUCUUCAAGCGACUCAGGACGUUGAUCUCUCAGCCUUCUUUCGCGAAAUACACCGUUGGUCCUGCCAAUGGAGAAAUCGUCCCGGGACCCAAGGUCCAGAGCGACGAAGACAUUAUCAACUUCAUUCGUGAAACGACCGUCUCGACCGAUCACCAGUCCGGGACCGCUGCAAUGCGCCCGCUCGGCGACCAGGGUGUCGUGAGCCCGACGCUCGAGGUCUACGGAGUUCAAGGACUCCGCGUGGUCGACGCUUCCAUCAUGCCGGUCUUUGUCGACCAACACCCGACCGCUGCCAUCUGCAUGAUUGCCGAGAAAGCAGCGCAAUGA